UCGCCGCGCUGCGCACGCGUCGCGCUGUGAGCGGUUUAUUUUUGUUUCACUUCUCUUUUUUACCGUCGUCGAGGACAAAGUGACGGAUUGCUCGCUCGUUUUGUGCCAGUGUUUUGAACUUUGCUGUGACAUUGAGCAGUGUUUAAUCAGGGCCCUAAGCUGUGAUCAUGCUGGUUUCGGGACUGUUCGUCUUGACUCCUGAUAUAUCUUUCAGGAUGACGCCGCAGGAGGAGCGAGACGCCCGCGGCGCGGGGCUGGCCGGCUGCGCGCUGGCCGACGCGCUGGAAGACGACAUGUUCGGCCCGCCGCGCACGGAACCCGCCGCUCGCCCCAAGCUCUCCAUGAUCUCCGCCCGCCUGCGCGCUAAUGAGGAGCGCAAGCGCGUCAUCGAGAUCUGCUCUCAAAAACUAGAGAAUAUCGAGGACCCCGCGCGUGACCUGCGCCGGUCCGUGUGCAUAAACAACACCUACUGCAGACUGAGCGAGGAAGCUCGCCGCGAGAAGGAAGCGCGCAGGCGCCGCGCGCGGGAGGAAUGUGACGACUCCUGGGUCGGCAAGAAGGCACGAAGGGCCGUCGAGGACGAGUGCUUAGCUCUGCUCGACGCCAUCCCCGAGCUCGGCGACGCAAACCUCGGCUGCGCGCAGCUGGCGCGACAGCUGCCCCGCCAGGACGCGCUGCUGCCCCCCAGCCUGCUGACGGUGCUCGACUCGUGACCGCGCAGGCCGGCGCACCUCAACCCGCUGUGAAGCGAGCGCGAGUGAGCGCUCGUGUGACCCCGAAUGCGCCCGAGUCGCUGACCGCGUUACCGGACACUGUUCGGAAACAAAUGUGUCAGAAGAGCCUGCGCGGCCCGGUAUGCGCGGCGGCUCGAGGCGGGACAGUGUGUUAUCAUAAACGUUACCCCGGACUGACGUUUAGCCAAUUCUUUGUUAUUAAGGAGUACCUACUUACUUUGUUAGCGUGUUUUUUAUUAUUUAGUGAAAGUUGCUCAGGCGCUACCGACGGGCGCGGUCCAAUUAGUGUUCAACGAUUUAUUUUUUACUAUCGCACAGUUGAAGUGUUUGGUUGGCUAUGACGUCGCGUCGUGUCGUGGGACUCAGCGAGUUAAUGAUUCACAUUGGAGCAUAGUUCUAAGCGAUUAUAAUGUUACAUUAUUGUACUAUACAUAAUUUAAAGAUAGUGAUUAAGAAAUAGUGCAAAAUGACUGGGAACGGCUGUGCCAACGCGCUAAUGUAUUAUUUUUAUUGGAAUAAGUUUAGUACGGGAAGUUCGGUGCGAACUAACCGAAACACAGACAGUUUCUAAACAUCCGAUCACUUGGAAAGUAAAAGUGCAUUGCGCUGCACAUAGCGUUUACAACGCGAGGCGCUCUACCGCGAGUUACGUUAGUCGCGAGGAAAAAACACCUUCAAUGGUCUUAUAGUCGAUCUACGCGAUAUCUGUGAACUAGUCGACAAACGCGACAACACUUGACGGCCGCGCCGCGGUAUGCGCGGCACGAUUUUGUCACGUACCACUUUCCUAGCUGUACUCUUCCUAGUGAUGGAAAAAUAUCGUUGAGUUGUUCUGUCUGUUAUAUUUAAAAGCUGUUACCGUCUUAUAAUGAUUAUAUUUUGUUACCAAUGUGUUUGCUGUUUGUUGCAAAAUGUUACUCAAUAUUAAAUUAUUGUAUUGUAUCGAAAUGACUAAAAAAAACAUAAGAGAGUAGGUAUCUUAUCUGAAACAAUAAGGCUGUUGGUAAUCAGUCGGCAGAUUGUGCAAUUCGUGAAGAAAUCAUUGGUAAUUUCCAACUAAUUAUUUUUGGAAAUCUUAAUUGUCGCAAAAUAUAUUGGUAGUGUCCCGUUUCGCCCCUCUGAAUGGUAAAUAGGUACCUGGGGUGGCGCGGGCCGGGUGGGCGGGGCGGAGGACAGAGUUCCCAGCACUCCUGUGAUAUUAGCCUAGCCUGUGUGUCGUAUUCGUGCUAGUUUCCCAAACGUUUGGACAUUGUGCUACAGUACCGGUCAAACGGUUUUCGGUUUUUUUUUACCGGUUUUCGGUACAAAUGAGUACUUUUGUUCUAAUUUUUUUUCCUAUAAGAUUUUAGGGAAUGAGGGAUGAGUUGUUUAGAAAUGAACGUAAAUUGUGUCUGACUAAUCAAGCACAUCUCUGGAAACAGUAACGGAUCAGAUGGAAACAAAUUUCGACAUCCGAACUGCAAAAAAAUAUCGUACAAUAGUACUCAUUUGUACCGAAAACAAAGGAUGAACUUAAACUUUUGAUCGGUGCUGUAUGUAUUAAAAAAUAUGCUUUGAAAAUUGAUUCCGUUUCUUUGGCCAUUUUAUACGGAUUAACCGGAUUUUGAGGCGAUACGCCUUUAGCAUUUAGAAAUUUUGGCAUCGUAAUGUGAACAUUUAAAAAGUAGUUUUAUUAUUAUUUGGGACUGCGUUUGUAUGUUAACUUGAUAAACAUUUUACUGUACAUAACUGCUUGCCGGCCGUCGCCCUAUUGGGGAGGCCGCGUACGUGAUUUAUAAGGCCAGAACUCGACAAAAUUAGGGUGUUCCAAAUAACACGAGACGUUUCAACACUGUUCACACGAUAUUCAAUUGGGAUUGCAACCAAACGUAUUUUACAAAUGAAUAAAACGCACAUAAUCGUAAGUAGUUUUUUCAGCGUAAUGUAAUUCUACUGGCCACGUUUGAUAACAAACAACAAAGAAACGAACAAGUAAUUAUGUAAAUGACCAAAAUGUAUUGUAGACCGUAAGUAAAUAUUAAGGAAAUCAUUUUUCUCUGUCGUUUCCAUCGCGCCAGCGAUAUCUCUGCGAUUCGCGACGGACUCGAAAAUUCUUCGUAAAAAGUUUUCCGCACAAGAAAUACCGUCAACCGAUUUUUAUCUUGAUAGCGUCACUUUUCUGGUCGACUGUGACUGUACUCAGACGAGUAACGAAACUCUUAACUCAGUUAACUUGUAAAGUGUCGACACAGUUUUGCGCAAAUUAUUUCAUCUGCUUACGAAAUACGACUAUCAUUAUUUAAAGAAUAAGUUGACAAUCGUUACGAUAAAUGCGUUUCUUCUUUGUUAUUCCUUUUCUUUUGUUUCCGUCUGAACUGGCCGAGUUGAAUCACCAGUCUUAUUUGUACUUAACGAUCAUCAAGGAGUUCUAAUAGAAAAUUAAUGUAAUUUCCUGUUACGUCACAUCAAGCCGCUGCUUGAGGUCUUCUACUAUAUUUCGAGGUCGUCUGUUUAACUGUAUAAUUCUUUGAAAUUCGAACGUGGCUUCUAGAAAUUUCUCCUCAAAGAGAUGUGAGAUUUUAGUGAAAUAAAUAAGUAAUGCCGAGCCUCUAGUUUAAGGAGAGUCGAAAAAUGUGCUCGAUUGAGUUAGGUUUACAGAAAUGCCAACGUUUUGUAUAUUUUAUUUUUAUCGGAGUAGUUCGUGGUUCAAUCAAAUUCUUUGAGAUUUUAAUUUAGUUUUUUGCAAUAUUGGCUGACAGUAUCUGGUGAGUCGAAUAAUGCACAAUGGCGUUGAAUGUUUCUAAACACUGUUUACCAGACAAACUUAUUCAAGUUUAAACUUUUUGUUUUGUUUAUUUAAGUCACUUUAAUUUUAUUUUGUCGUUAAUAAUAUUUGUUUCUGCAUUUAUUGCGCUUUUUCUCACAAAUGAUUAUGUUCCUGGCAAUCUAUUUUAAGCUGGAUGCGAUUGGCGUAAUGGCGAUCAGGUUUUGUACAAAAUUAUAUCCGUAACAGAUAAUUUUAUAUUUAGCUCUCGCCAACCGUGCCGGCUUUUAACAAAUUGUGAGUUUAGAAAUGUGGAAGUAAUACUCAAAUGAAGCGGUCAUUCGCUUAUACUUUUUGCGGAAACCUGCCC